AGCUGAAAACCUUCAUGCAUUAAAAACUCUUGAUGCUCCUGCAGUCAUGAUGAGUAUUUUUACAAAGCAAUCAUGUUUCGCAUAUUCUCUCACAAAUAUUUAACAAAAGUGAAUUCUGAAGCUUAUUUGUUUGGAUCUGGAGACUUUUCUAGUUGUUCUUGUGUAGUUGAGAUGGUGUUACGCAUACGCAGAAAGAGGAAUCUUUAAAUGCAGAUUCAUGUGUGAAAACUGACACAAGAAGCUGCUGAUAUUUCUCUCAUUUGGGUGCCGACACUGACACAUUGACACUGCAGCGUGUUUUAUGAUUGCAGAAAUCACUAUGGCGACAUCACUCAUGAUGUCACUUCCUCUGAUCUUCGUGGUCAUGACUGCGGGGGGUGAUGUUCUGCAGGAUUGGGGAGUGCAUUACAGCCCUUCAUAUGUUUGUGCAUUAAAGGGAACAACAGUGAAAAUAACCUGUACUUUAAAAUAUCCCAGUGAAUAUAAGAUUGAAACAGUCUUCUGGACCAAACCUGCUGUACCUGAUGGAGAUCCACUGAACCUUUGUUUAGAUCCAGAAAACAGAGGAAGAGUUCAGUGUGACAAAGAAAAUGAAGACACUUACAGUAUCACUCUGACAGAUGUAACAGAAGCUGAUAAACACAUCUACUACUGCAGAUUCACUACAAACAGAGGAACAUGGACGGGGAUUCCUGGAGCUCAGCUGGAUGUCACCGACCUGCAGGUGGAGACACAGCAGAGUGUGAAAGAGGGAGAUUCAGUCACUCUGAAAUGUAAAAGCAUCUGCUCUCUGCCUCAACAAACAACAUUCAUCCGGUUCAGAAACACACAGAGAUUAACUACAGGAACCGUGAGAGAGAAUCAGCUUCAGCUGCAGUCAGUCAGUCGUCAAGAUGAAGGAAACUAUCAGUGUGCUGUUUCAGGAUAUGAGCAUCUGAUCUCUCCACCUGUUUAUCUUAGAGUAGGGGGUGAUGGUCUGCAGGAUUGGGGAGUGAAUUACAGCCCUUCAUAUGUUUGUGCAUUAAAGGGAACAACAGUGAAAAUGUCCUGUACUUUAAAAUAUCCUAGUAGUUAUAAGACUGAAACAGUCUUCUGGACCAAACCUGCUGUACCUGAUGGAGAUCCACCAAAGCUGUGUUCAGUUCCAGAAAACAGAGGAAGAGUUCAGUGUGAAAAAGAAAAUAAAGACACUUACAGCAUCACUCUGACAGAUGUAACAGAAGCUGAUAAACACAUCUACAACUGCAGAUUCACUACAAACUUUGAGAAGGGAAAAUGGACGGGGAUUCCUGGAGCAAAGCUGGACGUCACCGAUCUGCAGGUGGAGACACAGCAGAGUGUGAAAGAGGGAGAUUCAGUCACUCUGAAAUGUAAAAGCAUCUGCUCUCUGCCUCAACAAACAACAUUCAUCUGGUUCAGAAACACACAGAUAUCAACUACAGGAACCGUGAGAGAGAAUCAGCUUCAGCUGCAGUCAGUCAGUCGUCAAGAUGAAGGAAACUAUCAGUGUGCUGUUUCAGGAUAUCAACAUCUGAUCUCUCCACCUGUUUAUAUUAAUAUUGAAUAUCCUCCAAAGAGCGUCUCCGUGUCCAUCAGUCCGUCUGGUGUAAUAGUGGAGGGAGAUUCAGUGACUCUGAUCUGCAGCAGUGACUCAAACCCUCCUGCUCUCAUCUUCAGAUGGUUUAAGGAGAAUCAAAGCUCAUCUGUUGGAUCUGGACAGAGUUUCAUCAUCUCCAGCUUUAGCUCCAGUCACAGCGGACGCUACUCUUGUGAGGCUCAGAAUCAACAUGGAUCUCAGAGAUCAGACUCUGUUUCAGUCGCUGUUGAAGGGACUCAGAGAGCUGUUCUGCAAACAGUUACUGGGAUUGUGGCAGGGUUGAUCUUCAUCAUCAUCACCAUCAUCAUUGUGUUUAUGAAAUGGAAGAAAAGAGACGGUGGAGCUGAAAGAGUCAGACAAAAUCAGCAGGAGGAUCGUGUUGGCAGAUCUGCAGAAAUGGCUCCGACCAAUGACGUUCCAGUGUAUUCAGUAGUAUCAACCAAUCAGAGGGAUGAUCUGUAUGCCAACAUUAAAAAGAAGGAACCCAAACCCAAAGACUCUGGAGAUGUUGAAGAUCUUCAGUAUGCCAGUGUCCAUCAUUUCAAGAACAAAGACAUGAACACGACUGAAGAGACCAUUGAGAUACAACAUCCGUCUGAUGCCAACAGAGCUGAUGAUGUGAUCUACAGCUCAGUGAAAUGAGGAACAUGUGGUCGAUCUGAUGCUCAUGGGAGACCUGGUUUUGAGUCCAACCCUGGUCAUGUUCCAGCUCCUUCUCCUCUUGAAUCCAAUUCUAUGGGACUGUUCUUCUGUUUAAACACUCACUGACUUCACUCUAUACUCACACAUGAACGCCACUUUAGGCCUUUUAGCUCUCGCUUUGUAAAGUCAAUGUAAAACAGAUAUUUUUUCUGUUCAUACUGUGUGAUUGUAUUGCUAAUUUCAUUACAUUUUAACAUUCUCAGAAAUUCUUAAUUUUUUAUUAUGGCAUCAUUGAAAAAAAUUGUACAUUUUACACCAAAUUCUCAUUACUGUCAUGUGCCAGGUAUUGUAUUUUCCAUGAUUUUCAUUACUGUAGUAAAUACUGUAAUCUUU